AUGGUGUUAGUGAUUGAGUCAGCACUAAAUCAGAUUCACAAGAACUUAUCCUUGGAGAAGGCGCUGCUGGCAACCUCAAAGGAGCCCUUAUUAUUCCUUUGGAGGAAUCGGGAUUGUGUGGUGAUUGGUCGGAACCAAAACCCGCACUCUGAGUGUAAUUUGCCUCUGUUAAAAAGGGAUGGGAUCGAUCUCUGUCGUAGACGAAGUGGUGGUGGUUGCGUCUUCCAGGACUUGGACAACAGUGUCUAUACUUUCGCUGUCCCCAUGCCCCGGGACUCGGCUGGACUUAAAGCUACGAACAACUCGGUCCUCGCCGAUACGCUUUACAAACUUACAGGGAAGCGACCAGAGAUUUCGGGUCGCAAUGACCUCUUAAUGGACGGUGCCAAAAUUAGCGGCGCGGCCUUCAAAGAGACACCGGAUAAAGCUCUCCAUCACGGAUGUCUUAUAAGGAACUCGAUCCUGGAUAAGAUUCCCGUCUACCUCACACCUAGCCCGCUCAAGUUUGUCGAUAAGGCGGGCACAGACAGUGUUCGUCAGCGAGUGACAAGCCUGUUGGAGUGUAGCGGUAAGCGCGUGAGCCACCGCGAGUUUUCGGAGGUGUUGGCGCAGUGUUUUGCGGAGCGAUACGGCCCGGUGUCGCGUCGUGUGAGUGUGCAACGGGAGGAGGAUGUGGGCAAGACGGCGGAAAGCGAGUUGGCAGCCGCGGCGACGCUGAAAGCAUACGAGGCGGAGUUGGCUGAGCUGACGGACCCGGUCUGGACAUUUGGGGCAACUGCGCCCUUUUCUGUGGCGAGCGGCGUCAAGACGGAGAAGGGGCUAUUGGAAUUGAGGUUUAAGGUGGAAAGGGACACCGUGACUGAUCUGCAGAUAUUUACGGACGCACUGGAGACAGGCUGGGCAGAAAACCUGCUACAACGUCUCAGACCCCGGGUCUGCGGAUUGGACAUAAAGUCCGCCCAAAAAUUCGUCCGGCGGCCAACGUUAUUUUCAUGCUGA